CUUCUAUGUCUUCUUCACCAAGUUUGCCUCUGGAAUCUCCCUGGGGAUCUCCACUCUCAGCUUGGAUUUUGCAGGGUAUAUGACUCGAGGUUGCACCCAGCCUGAGAACGUGGAUAUAACCCUGAAGGUUCUGGUCUCCGCGGCGCCCAUAGGACUCAUUCUGAUUGGCCUGGUCUUAUUCCGCUCUUAUCCAAUCGACGAAGAGAGGAGGCAGGGCAACAGGAAGCUGCUUCAGGAGCAACGGGAAAAUGAAUCAGACUCAGAAACGGACUCCACAGAACUGACCAACAUGGUGUAGGUUCUAGAACACUCAUGGACCAUUGGAGUGACACUGUUGCUUACACCGGGUGGGGCUAACGAGGGCUGGACCGAUCACGACGGAGAUACUGCUACCAUCCAAUCACACUGCUGCUCACGUGUCUCAGAACACCUGUCGUCAUGACGAUGCACCGUGGCAAUGGAACAACAAAAGUAUCUUAUGGCGACGGAAUCCUAAAACGGAUUGACCUUCCCGGUUCAAUUCCCCAGCCCACUUAAGCUAUGACAAACUCGGAGACAUUGUUUUGGGUGCAGUCUCAAAAGGCAACCGAUUUCCUAGUGCACUCUAUGGAGACUCAGAGUACUGUGAAACACAUCCUUUUGUUGUCGUCGUCCAUGAAUGUUACACAAAACCUUAAUGUGAUGUGUGUACCUUUUCUUUUUUUUGUUGUGUAUUUUGCCAAUGUUGAAUAUUUCUGUCAGAACUUGAUCUAUCGUGGCAACAAUUUUCAAACGCUCAAGACUUUUUAGACGUUGUUCUAGAACAAUCUACUACUCCCCUCAACUGUGACACUUGAACGGCCGUCUUUCUAUGGUGAAGACGACCGUCAAUAAAAUUCUUUUUUUUCUACUCGGUUUACAUUUCAGUUAAAGGUAAAAAAUAAAAAUAAAAGCCAGACAAAUUAUUUUGGUAGAGAGAAUUUCUACAACUGAAUACCUAUUACCGGUAUACGUGUUUCUACAGACUUCAGUUUGGUACUGUGUAUAAAACAAGGCAGAACCCUAUCUAGCAUUGACAGAUUCAAAGUGUGAUUUCAUCGUUUAAAUUCCUUUUUUUUUUUUUUUAAGGUUUAAGACCUUGUCUGCUAUUUGACACUACAAUGGAGUUCUGUCACGGAUUCCAUUUUGUUUUUACAAUGUUUCCUUCCUCACUUUUCAUUUGCUCAUUCAACAAGGGGUGUAUUCACUAGGAUGCCAAGAGGGAGGGACCUACCUGAAUUUGUCCCAUAGAAACUCCUUUGUUGCAAAACAUUUUUGCUAYGGUGUGCACCAAUGAAUACACCCCAGUAAUGCCCAGAAGAGAUUUGGUCCUAACUGCAACACUGUAGGUAACUAUACAUAUAAGUAAAAAUAUGUCUCAAACACUGGUUCUUAGUCUCACCAUUUUAAACCAGAACCACUAUAGCACAACAAUUGUUAACCAAACUAUUUUACACAGCCUGUUACAAUCUAUCAUGUAUUAAAGUUGUUUUUCUUACAGCUAGUCAUUAACUUAGUGUUGGGAAAAACCAUAAUGACAGCUAGUACUAAUCUAGAAAGAUUACGUUAUUUAAGUAUGUGAGUAAAAUGUAUUUGUCCUAUUAAGAGAAUACCGUUCAAGUUGCUGUUCCUACUGAAAUGUGUUCUGAAUGUGUACUAAAAUGUUCUCACUGUGUAUUGAGCUCAAAACCUUUUCAUUUUUUUUUUUUUUUAAUCCUUUUUUUUUUUUGAAAACAGUGUAUUCUCUACCUUGUCUCUUUUUUAAUGAAGCAAUGGGCAUGCAUUUUAAAGAAAAGGGAAGAAUACUAAAGUCAAACUAUUAGAAAAUGGAGUGGGGAGUGAAGUCUGAGUUUUAAUGUAUUGAAAGUGUUGACCAUGAUGACACGUGUUUAAAUUGACCUACAGGGGGAAAAGAAACAAGGAUAUUCUUAACAGUCCUGUGUGAAAAGAUAAUCCUACAUUUCAUGUCAUAUGUUACACAAACACACAGUUAAAUAUUUACAGAAGACAUGUUGAGCAGUGCCUUCAAACAUUGUGAAGGGAAGUCAUGUUUAAUGUCUCUCGUGGUCUAGCUCUGGUCCAGGGCAGUGCUAGCUCUGGUCCAGGGCAGUGCUAGCUCUGGUCCAGGGCAGUGCUAGCUCUGGUCCAGGGCAGUGCUAGCUCUYGUCCAGGGCAUUGCUAGCUCUGGUCCAGGGCAUUACACGGUAGAGGAACAGUCUAAUGCACUGGGGGUUGUAUUCAUUACUGUUGCAAAACGUUUCUUAAAUGGAAGCGAAUGGAAUGAAACUGGGAGGGAUCUACCUGGAUUUGUCCAAUAGAAACUUGUUUAAUUCUUAAACUGAAAUGGUUUCUGUAACGAAUACUCCCCUGGACCUUGAGUUGGCGGACAUCUUGAGAGCCGGAAGCGGGAGAGAGAUGACAAAUCCAGCUUCAGUCACCAGAUGGCCCCCCAUUCUUACCUGAUCAGUCUCCUACAAUAGGAAAACGUGUCAUUUUCUAUUGAUUGGAUUGGAGAUGGAGACAGUCCCGCCUGCCUCUUGAGGCAGUGGUAGCCAAACGUUUCAGCUCUGAUCCAAUGGGAAUAUCACUACAGAUCACGGACACAGAGAGCUCAAACAACGCCUUGUAUAAAACACUGCCUCCUGUGCAUAAUGUAAAUAUUGAAUGCAAGUAAAAGUUUGAAAUAUCUUUGUUGACAGAAACUAAUGUGAACUGGUAUUCAUUGAUGUAGUUAUUUAAAAAGAGCUGUUACAUUUAAUAAAUACUAAUUAAUACAG